UGUAUACCUGUGAAUUUUAAAGACGUUGUGUAUGAUAAAAUUCACAAUGUUUGUGUAUACAUCAAAAUGUGUUUGAAAUAGUAUAUUUUGUUGAUAUAUUGUGUGGCCAGGUAAAUCCUAUUUUUAAAAGGUUGUCAAUAAUGCAAACAGGUUAUUUUUAUUGCUUUAUUGAUUGUCGAUCCGUUGAAAAUGACAUACAUUAGCGUCCGGGUUCAUUAAAUAUGCUGAAAUAAUAUUUGUACCGGUUAUAUAUAUAUUGUAAGUCGAAAGAGACUUACAAACAGAUGCACUAAGAUACUGGUAAGUACAAAUUUGCCGGCUUCAGUUGAGAAAUGGUCAGUAUGCUUUGGAAUCCAGCCAACACAAUCAGAUCCUCUAAAAUACCAGCUUUGAUGCAGGAUCCGGGAAUCAUAAUUGGUUACCGUCAGAUAAAUCAGACGUGGAGUUAUUAUGCGAGAAGCAUGUUUAAAAUUCACAACGAAACAUUCAAUAUAUGGACACAUUUGAUAGCCAUUUUCAUACAUUUAAGUAUGAUUUACCAGUAUGCCGAAAAAUGCAACUAUUAUCGUGACCAACAAUCAUGGACUCUAUUGAUAUUUAGUGUUUGUUGCAUAUAUUCGACGACAAUUAGUGUAAUAGCACAUAUAUUUCAUAGCAAAAACAUUGAUGUCCAUUUUAGCUUAUUUCUGCUUGAUUACGCAGGCGCGUAUAUGUAUGGAUAUGCUUCCGGUUUGAUAGCCAUUUACUACUUUUCAGAUGAAUACACCUACAGCAUGAUCGUAAAUGUUUACUUAAUUUCCCAUUGGAUAUUCUCUUUGUGUGGCUUUGUUCUUUUGUGUAUUAUAAAACUGACUUUUGGGCAUAAAGAGCAACAAUGGAGAAGGAAAGGUCUAUUAGCUUUAUUUUUUACGUUGCAUGGAAUUCUUUUGUCUGCAACAGUAGCAAGAAAAUAUUGGCUUUUACUGAAUGGAAACCAGCAAUAUUUAGCACCCAUUACUAAUUAUAAUUGGAUAUAUUUAUCAUUUUUUCUUGAAGGUGCGUCGUACGGUUGCCACUUGCCAGAAGUGUUUUUUCCAGGCAAAUUUGAUAUUGUUGGACAAAGCCACCAAAUUUUCCACAUAUUUGCUACAUUAACACAGAUAUUACAGAUACGCGCAGUGCGCUUUGAAAUAUCAAAAGGGAACUCUUCAUAUGGACAUCAAUCUUUGCCUUCACUGUUUAUAUUGUCAACUAUUUCUUUAGGUGUUAUUACUUUUAUAUGUGUAUUUAUCAUUAGAAUAUAUUAUCCAGUAAGAAAUAUAAAAAAAGAAAAAUAAGCCAUA